AAGGAUCGUGUUUACGUGUAAAAUGUCAAAGUCAAACGUCAUUCGUAUUUUGAGUUUGGAUUAGAAAUUGUAUUAGAAACGAAAUUCAAUAAAAUUGACAUGCAUUUUAAGAGUAGUAUAUACGUACAUGUGUAGGUAUUUAAAAUGGCUUGGCUCGCUGACCUUGCCGGUAAAGCGGAGACGCUACUCAACAACUUAGACGAGCAAACUGGUGCCGCUCUACGAAGCAAUGGCCCUAGGAGGAGAAAUGAAGGGGAGUUUCCCGUACCAAUUGGAAAUCGAUCAGCAAGUCCAAAGCCACGAUUUCUAACAUCAAGGACACCAUUAGUGACUGAAACAAUACCAAGUUAUGGUCCUAGAAAAGCAACACUAACAUCAAAACCGUUAGAAAAUGACUAUAAAAAAAAUCCUCCAAGGAGGACUAUGACUAUGAAGGCUCUGCCUAAAGCAACUUAUGACAAUGGCCCUGUAACUUUAGUUAGUGGGACUAUGCCCAGUGAAUAUUAUGGAGUCAGACACAGAAGAUCAAGCUUACCAACAAAUAGAGAACUAAUUAAUCAACAAAACUAUGCAUAUGAAAUGAAUGAUAUAAUUGUUGAAAAUACUGUAUUGAAAAAUGAACUCAAUGUAUUGCACAAAGAGGUAUCACAAUUGCUUCUUAGGCUGGGGCAGACGGAGGAUGGUAAUGAUGUAGUUAGUGAGCAAGAAUUAUCAAAAGCUACAGUGAAGCUUAAAACAGCAGAGCAAGUGAGCCAGCAAAACCAAGUGGACAAGUUGUCCUUGUCCGCACAGUUUGAGGAGUUGAAAAUGAAAAUACAUGAGCUAACCGUCACAGAGGUGGAAAGGCAGAAGCAGCAAUGUAAACAGUUAGAAUUGGAGAUUGAGCUCAUGAAGAAUAGAAAUAAGGAGUUAGAAGAACUCGUAAGACAGCUCAACAAAGAAGCGUCCGAACACGAAUCCCACCAAAUCAAAGCCGAGAAAGAUCUGAAACACGCACAAACAACCAUCGACGAACUCCAGUCUAACCUAGAGAAGAGUACAGCGGAGUGUAGAAGGCUCGAGGCGGACUGGGAGUCGUACAAGUCCAGGGUCAAGGGUACGCUGGCUGCGAAAGAUAAGGAAAUAAAGCAGUUGCAACAGGGACUAAAUUUGACUGAGGAUACGAAGAUACUGAUUGAGCAGUUGGAAGUGUUAAAAGAGCAGCGAGACGAACUAACCGAGUUAGUGGCAAAUAUACGAAGCGAGAGCAACGAGACAAAGCAACACGUCGAGGCGCUGGAAUCGCGCUGUGAGGCCGCGGAGCGCGUCGUCGCCGCGCUGCGGGACGCGCUCAGAGACGAACGGAGCCUCAAGACGCGCGCGGACGCGCAGGUGGCGGCGCUUACUAAGGAGCUAAAAACCAUCCACUCCGAAACCAAUCAAACGCUCGUCUCCCUCCACACAGCGCUGCGAGAAAAGGACAACGAGAUAUCCCGCCUGAAAGAGAUAGCUGCGCAUAGCGCUGACACUAGCGCCCUCAACGUCGCUGACUACGAUGACCAGGCGAGCAUAGACAACGAGAAGAUACAUUAUCUGACGCAGACUUUGGUACAGAGGCAGGGGAAGAUUGACUCGUUGCUGGCGGAUAAUAAUAUGCUGAGGAUACAGAUGGAAAAGUUGGAGUGUAAAUACAAGUCGGAGUUAUCGGCCCUCCGCGCAAGAAACACACACAGUGUGGUCCAACUACAACACGAAGAACGCUCCCGCCGCGCGCGGCAAACAGGCUUCUUUGGAGGGCUCUCAGUGAAGAUCGGGUACAUGUUCCGAUACCCCGUGUUCAGGAUGUUCGUGCUCUUCUAUAUGCUGGGUCUUCACUUUUGGGUGAUCACCGUGCUCCUUACAAGUACUCCAGACGUCUUCAACAAAUCAGGAUUAAGGAAGGAAAGCUUAGAUAGGACUCAUCCAUUCCAAACUUAAGGUUACCUUUUGGAUUCUACGUCAAAACUAUUUUAGACUAAAGGCCGGUUGUAAAAAACCGCCUGUCAUCGGUAAAACUUUCGCAAAACUGUAUUGUAUGGGAAGUUUCAAAGUUCACUGCUUGUCGUUGAUUAGUCUGUCCAUUGUGGUUAGUGCAACCGGGCCUUAGACAUUAAUUAUAUCAAACGCGAUUACCGCGAACCGUGUUUACGGAUACAUCGUAUUAUGGUAAGGUUUACGACGGGCGUAGACGAAUUAAGAAGUUAAUAUGAUAUUAUUACAUAUUUAUUUUGGUGCUAACUUUAAAUUAGUGAAGUGUAUAAAUAAAUUGUAAAUAACUCUGUUGAAAAGUUUGUUAUUUGACUUGUUUUCAGUUUGGUGUUAUUAUGUUUUUAUUAAAGGAAUCUUGCCACCAUUUGUAAUUCUUAUGAUGGUCGUUUGUGGCGGUAUCUACAUUACAUCGUUCCAUUACUGUGAUAAUCCUUAUCUUUUGCCAUUUCUUUGUGACAUAUUUUUAAGUUAUUUCUUCAGUUGUAUACUGAUGAGUGAUGUUUCAUACAUGUCCAAAAUAUGCACAUAUUGUUUUUAAUUCUACGACGCCAGUAACAUUUAUUGCAUCUCCUUCAGUUCGUAUUCAAAUCUGGUUGACUGUUUAUUAUUUUGUUUGGAUCAUUGUGGAAUACUUUAGUGUCCCGUUGGUUAAAAGCUCAAAUUACAUGUAAAUAGUUAUUUACGAUACAAGUCCAGAAAAUAGGAAAUUCGCAACGAGUGCUGUUAAAUUAAAACGCAACCAAAAGGAGUGUUUUAAAUGGACACGAGUUGCGAAUUACCUAUUCGCACGUGUAUUGUAUAAUUUUUUACAGUACAUAUGGCUCUUUAAAGUUUAGGACGAGUAGGUAAUUCGCAACUCGUGUCGAUUGAAUUAUCACCGCUCGUUGCGAAUUUCCUAUUUUCUGCACUUGUAUCGUAAAUAACUAUUUUACAUCAAUAUUAAAGUGCACAAUAUAUGUGUCCCCGUAAA